AUGCCGCCAGCGUUCAUCCUGAGCCAAGAUCGAACUCUCCAUGAGAUUCAUAGUUGCAUUACUUAUAGCUUCCUUCUUC